AUACCACAACGGCAUCAGCGAUGUCACGAUUAAUGCUGUGUAAUCUUGGCAAUACCUCGACUACGGGAAAUGAUACGAACAACAACGCAAACACGAACAGCAGUAUGGAGGACGACGAUUCUUAUCCACUGCCUACAAUUUAUCGCUGCCGUGCACCCAUAGCAAGUUUGGAUUGCAUGGAAGAGUUCAACGGCGGCGGCGGCGGCGGUGGCGGCGGCGGUGUAGACUCGGGCGUGCACUGCAGCAACACGACCGGAACGAAAGAACAGCUACUAACUAGCUGCAUUGCCGCACAAGCGCAACGUUUGCAGCACCCCUCGCCAGGUAUUCGCUACCGCAACUUGGGCAAAAGCGGUCUACGUGUUUCCAAUGUUGGAUUAGGAACGUGGACCACAUUCGGCGUGGGCGGCUGCAGCAACGAGGAGACCGCGGAGGCCGUCGUGGCCCUCGCCUACGAUAGCGGGAUUAAUGUAUUCGACCUGAGCGAGGCGCACAGCGGCCACCGCGCCGAGAUCCAGUUCGGCCGUAUCCUGCUGAGACGCGCCUGGAAUCGUUCCAGUUACGUCGUCACGACGAAAAUUUAUUGGAACACCAAGACCGAGGGUCGCGGGCUAUCGCGGAAACACAUUAUCGAGUCCGUGCAAGCUUCGCUCGUCAGGCUGCAACUGUCGUACAUCGAUAUUGUCAUGAUCCACAAAGUCGAUCCAAUGUGUCCGAUGGAAGAAAUCGUUCGCGCGAUGAAUUAUGUUAUAAGCAAAGGCUGGGUGAUGUAUUGGGGUACAUCGCGAUGGACACCCGUAGAAAUUAUGGAAGCCUAUACGAAUUGUCGGCAAUUUAAUUGCGUGACGCCUAUUGUCGAACAAGCGGAAUAUCAUCUGUUUUAUAGAGAAAAACCUGAACUUUAUAUGCCAGAAUUAUAUAACAAAAUUGGUGUUGGUUUAAUGGCAUGGUCUACAGUCACCAUAGGAAUGGUUUCUUCGAAGCCAGAAGAUUGCGGAGUAUCGUUCCUCUCGAGAUCUUCUUAUAAAAACAAAUACUCUUCAUUUAGUUGGACGGAGGAUGAAACUCAGUCUUUGUAUAAAGAGGAGUACGCGUGGAAAGACAAAUCUGCAGAUGAGGAGACUCGGAAAUAUUCGGACAAAUUGCGGGACGUAUGUGCUCUUGCCGAAAGACUGGGGUGUUCUUUCGGGCAACUGGCCAUCGCGUGGUCUUUAAAGAAUGAAAGUGUUCAGUGCCUUCUGCUCGGUGCAUCCAAUAUAGAUCAAUUGUAUGAGAGUCUCCAAAGCUUACAGCUUAUCCCGAAAUUAAACGCGAACAUAAUGAGCGAAAUCGAGAGGAUUCUUGACAACAAACCGUCCCGACCGCCGAUGAUAUCCACUCUGGCACUUAGAUGACAAUCGAUGUGCCCCCACGGCAGCGGUGGGGGUUCUGUGGAAGAGGCGGGCAGUCCAAAGAGCGAGGGCGGCAACAGUCAGGAUCAGGAGCAGACCAAGGAAGUGAACAACAAGUUGCCAUUUUGUGAGAUACAGUGAAGUUACAUGCGGAUGGUAAACCGUCUCGUUGCUCCACAUGCUAUUGACGCCCAACAUCGGCCGGCCGAGGACUAACGCGGAUGCGACUCGUCUCCGCUUUACAUUUGGUCGCGACCUGGGGCGGGUCAAGUGCACACACGACCACGAGUCGACACGACAAUAUUUACCAAUUACGAAGGAAGCCAUCUACGGAAAUUCGUCGCCUCUCCGACGACGAUGAGAGCAUUCAUUCUCGCGGGGUAUCCCCGAACUUCACCCACGAUUUGUAUCUCUCGUACGUCACACACUCGUGGACACUCGUAGAUAUGUAGAUCGAUAAACGCGACGUGUUUCAUUGCGAGAGCCCAUCUGUCUCCGUUGACAGAACCGCGUGUGCCUGCACGCUUUCGAAAACAUCUCUUGGAACGGGUUACAUUUGUUCCGUAAGCCGUAAAUUUUUCUCUAAUCUCCCUCCGUCAGGAGACUCAUCUGUCCCGUUGGGGAGGUUUUUAUUCGCGAUUCCAAGUGUUCAUUAUUCUUAGCGUUAAUAAUCCCAUUUGCUACACUCGUAGUGAGAUAAUCAGGAAUUCGGCAGUGUGUCACGAGUGUCCACCAGACUACAUUCGUUCUGCCAUUCAUUGGUCGAGUAAAAGCGACUUGCGGACAAUUAAAUUCGUACGGUAUAGCACGAUCAUUUAAAAAAAAGUUUCGUCGUAGAUCAUAAGAAUUUUAUCAAGGAUGAUACUACCACAGCAGCGCUGCAUUUUAAGUGCUCUACCCAAGUACUCUUCGCCCCUUAAAACAUCUCAUCCCCAUCGAUUUCGACGUCCAAUACGUAUUUCUUUCUGCUGUUCUACGCGCUUGAUUCUUCGAAUUUUACCCACCAGUUUAUCUUCGCUUUCUCCGUUUCUCUAUCUCCAUCCUCUCUUCUUUCUAGUUUGUUUGAGGAUCGAGAAACGAUUGCGUUACGUAAGAGACGCGUGAUACACAAUAUGAGCUAAUAAAAUACAUCGCCGUGGAUUUUUCGCUUUUACGAAGAAUACUUCGCGCCUGUUUUCAGAAUAUAGGCAUUGUACUAAAGGAUGAAUGCGGUUGAAAAACCAAUUUUACGAGGAGUAAUUGCGGAAUAAUUGAGCUGAUGGAGUCCAGUAAUCGAGUCAAGUCAGUAGAACAAAUUUAGACGAACGAUUCGUGGAAGAGUGAACUGCGGAGCGACGCUUUAAUUCAAAGUCUGAUUCAGUCUUAUUAACUCGCCGGACUGAUUCUUUAGACUUAAUCAAUUUCUUAAUGGCUACAUUCGAAAUAUUUUCGCUAAAUAUUCGCAAACUCGGUCAAACCGAAUAUAAAUUCUACACUGAUACACGAUAUAUAUAUAUGGGUUCAUUCACUGACGAAUCUUUGAAGAUCCGGACUAUGUACGAAAGAUCUCUUUACUUGAAUAGAUAAUCGUUUCUAUCAAGAGAACGUCUGUUUGUUUACCGCACACACGAUAGCUUUUCGCUUCGCUUUAAUGCCAUAAAGUGAGAAAUGCAGCACAUUUUUGAAGAAAGUGAUUUAUCUUGAAAAGAAACACAAAAUUUGUAAUAUUCGACUAUUAUACCUUUGUGUGAAGUGUCGUUGCUCCUGAGCAAUAUUCUUUCGAUUUACCUUGCCGUUUCCUCAUGCCAAAAUGUUAAAGUCAUCAGCAGAUGCGAUUCGUGCCAAGCAAGCACCGUUUCGCCGAUCAUUCGGAACAUUGCUCAAGUGUACGAUCGUGAGAAAUUUCUCGCUCCUGUAAAACUAAUAAUCUGUAUAGACAUGUAUAUAUA